AUGGCUAUAUUUGAGAACAAAAGCGACGUCGAGUCGAAUGGGGAGAAGAAGGAUACGGCUCGCGGCUAUGUGGGAACUGACAUUAAUUCCCAGGAGGAUUUCGCAACCGGCACCACCACCUAUGCGAAGCUCCAGAGGUUGGCAGGCAAGUUUGGUGUAGAACAGAGAGGUAUCGAGAGAGUCCCGGAGGACGAACGGACGAAUGACUCUCUCAGCAUGGUUGGGACGCUCUGGUGUUCUGCGAACAUGGUCGUGUCUUCAUUCGCAAUUGGCGCCCUUGCUACCCCUGUAUUUGAUCUUGGCUACGUCGAUACAGCUCUGACCAUCAUCUUCUUCAACUUUCUUGGGGUCAUGCCAGUCUGCUUCUUUUCCACCUUUGGCCCCAAGUUUGGUCUUCGACAGAUGGUUCUCUCUCGGUUUUGGUAUGGAUUUUAUGGCGUCAAACUCAUCGCUAUUUUCAACGUCCUAGCAUGCCUUGGCUGGUCGGCCGUGAACGUCAUUGUCGGCGCCCAGCUGUUUCAUGCCGUCAAUGAAGAUAUGCCAGGAUGGGCCGGUAUCCUUGUCAUCGCUAUAUCGACUCUCAUCAUCUGCACCUUCGGCUACCGCAUCGUCCACGCCUACGAGCGCUAUUCUUGGAUUCCCUGCACUAUCAUCUUUCUCAUCGUCCUGGGAGUCUUUGCCCACUCGGGCAAAUUCAACAACAUGCUGCCUUUGAAGUCGGGCCCCGCCGAAGCCGGGUCUAUUCUCUCCUUUGCCGCGAGCGUCUACGGUUUCGCUACGGGUUGGACCUCUUACAGCGCCGAUUAUACCUGCUACUACCCAGCCUCUACCCCACGCACUCGAGUCUUUAUCGUAACCUUCAGCGGCCUAUUUUUCACACUCUGUUUCACUGAGCUCCUUGGUGCUGCCAUCAUGACCGCCAGCGUCCUGGAUCCGACAUUCAGCGACGCUUAUUCACGCUCAGGAAUUGGAGGCUUACUCUCGUCUGUUCUUGUCCCGCGUCUUGGCGGCUUUGGCCAAUUCUGUCUCGUUAUCUUGGCACUCUCCAUCAUCGCCAACAACUGUCCCAACAUCUACUCCGUCUCACUGACGUUGCAGGUACUCUCCAAGCGGACAGAGCGGGUACCACGCUGGGUCUGGGUCUUUGCGGGCACUGCUGUCUAUGUUGCCAUCAGCAUCCCUGGUUACGACCGGUUUGAGGCCUGGCUGGAGAACUUUAUGCUCAUCAUCGCCUACUGGCUGGCCAUCUACACGGGCAUCAGUGUUACCGAACAUUUCGUGUUCCGCCGUGGACUCUCCGGUUAUAACCUCGAAGACCACGAAACCCCAUCUCGUCUACCACCGGGUUUCGCUGCCGUGACGGCCUUCUUGAUAGGCGUCAUGGGUGCCGUGCUUGGUAUGUCGCAGACAUGGUUCACGGGCCCAAUUGGAAAGCUUGCUGGCGGCGCCCGUGGUGGUGAUAUCGGCUUUGAGCUUGGGUUCUCCUUUGCAUCUGCUUCUUAUACCGUUUUACGAACUGUUGAGAAACGGUUCUUUAAGAGAUGA